GACUAUAUUUCGCCCGAACUUUCAAAAUUCAUGAAAUGCUGCGCACGAAAACAACAUAAACAAAGCCCAGUUAAAGUUAAAAAAAAAGUCGUAAAUAUGCCGAUACUUGAUCAAAUGCUUCCUACCAAUCUGGGUCCCAAUUUGGUGACAGCCUCUAAAGCGCUUAAAAGUCCUCUUGGCCAGGCGUUGGUCUCCUUCUUGGUGGGCUACUUUGUCACCACAAAGUUGUCGCAAUUUUACGGCAAGUUCAAGAGGGACUCUGAGAAAACCGACGCAUCGCAGGAGGAUUUGGACACACCACCCAGGGAAGACAGUGAGUCAGUGACCAAAGGACACGACAUUGUCCUGCUCACUGUGGAGGAGCUAACUGCCUUCGAUGGCUCCAGCCCCAGUCUACCCAUUUACACUGCCCUCAACGGCCUCAUAUACGAUCUGAGUCCGGGCCGAGAAAAGUUCAGCACUCAUGGGCCAUACUCCCUUCUGGCCGGCUGCAAUGCCAACAAGGUCCUGAACAUUGCCUGCAGUUCCAUGGGCGUCUGCGCCCCGAAUGUGAUAAGUCGCUGGGAACGGAGCCUGAAAGCCGAGUUUGCAGUCGUGGGCUACCUAGUAGUUGCGGAUUUAUAUUUUGAUGAUGGGGGUCUAGAGAAACACGAAGAUUUGGCCGCAGCGGAUCAAACGGUGUGAUUCUGCUUAAGGUGCUGUGAAUAUCCCAUUUUCUUAGCUUGGCAAUAAAAUAUUAUUCAUCGAACUAGUAAUUUAAUUCCAAGCCAACUAAAGGGGAUAUUCACUGCAAAUGCAUUUGGAAAAAUUACAUGUAACUUGUAGCUUGAGCUGUAGAAAAAAGAAAAUUAAUGAAGACA